GACGCCAAAUAUGCACGUAUUUCCGGCCAGCUCAGCGUACGGAGGAGUGUUGUGGAGCUGUAAUCCAGACACAGAGAUUUAACAGCUGUUAACCGCUUCAGUUACGCCUGCCUGCUGUGGGUAAAUUUUACAUUAUAGCGAAAUGGUGCUGCUGACAAUGAUCGCGCGUCUGGCGGACGGACUGCCGCUGGCGGCUUCAAUGCAGGAGGACGAGCAGGUAAGAGCUCAGUGGUAUCGGUAUCUCCAGCAUUAUCAGAGCCAAGCCAAGCAGCUCUUCCGCAAAUUAAAUGAACAGAGUCCAAACCGAUGCACCUUAGAGGCUGGAUCAAUGGCCUUUCACUACGUCAUAGAGAAAGGCGUUUGCUAUUUGGUGCUCUGUGAGGCCGGGUUUCCUAAAAAGCUAGCCUUUGCUUAUCUCGAAGAUCUGCAAGCAGAGUUUCAUGAACAGCAUGGCAAGAAGGUGCCCACGGUCUCCAGGCCCUACUCCUUCAUCGAGUUUGAUACAUAUAUUCAGAAGACCAAAAAGUCAUACAUCGACAGCAGAGCACGCAGGAACCUGAGCAACAUCAACACAGAGCUACAGGAUGUACAGAGGAUCAUGGUGGCCAACAUUGAAGAAGUCCUGCAAAGAGGGGAGGCCUUAUCUGCAUUGGACUCGAAGGCCAGCAACUUGUCCAGCCUGUCCAAGAAAUACAGAAGUGACGCUAAGUACCUGAACACUCGCUCCACAUAUGCUAAGCUAGCUGCGGGUGGAGUCUUCUUCAUCAUGUUGAUCGUAUACAUACGCUUCUGGUGGCUGUGAAGUAUGGGAUGUGCGGAGGGAAGAAAAGUUACAGGUGAAAAGCAGACGGACUCUCACAUAACGACAAGUUCACGUUGUGUUUUAAAGUUACAGCUUGUUCUGAAAGACUGUUGGAUCUGGCAGUUUCCCUCCUAACAGGCUGUCGAGUCCCUAACAUGAUCCUCACUGGAAUCUGUUUUAUGAACUACACAGAAGUUUGUCUGCACUUGUUUGGAGUGUUAAUGAAUGAGAGAAAGAGUGUUUUCCUGUA